AUGAGCAAGUUUGUUUCAGGAGUGUCUGAAUUGGUUAUGAAAGAAUGUUGUACUGCUAUGCUUGUCCAUGACAUGGAUAUUUCUCGCCUUAUGGUUCAUGCUCAACAAAUUGAGGACGAAAAACUUAAGGAGAAGUCUAGGGAACUAAAGAGGGCAAGAACUGAUGAUGGUUCUUCUAAUGCUCCUCCAUUAUCCAACAAAGAUAGGGUGCCUAACCCUAAGCCUCAAGGCGGGAAUGGUAGUGGCUCUUUAGUGUCGACUUGUGCGAAGUGUGGAAGAAAGCAUAAGGGCAAAUGUCUAGCGGGUACCAAUGCUUGUUUUGGUUGUGGUAAGAUGGACCACGAGAUAAGAGAUUGUCCUUCUGUUUCUAAGAAUGAAGGAGAUAGUCUUCGUAGGGCUCAACCCUACCCUUCAUCCGGUCCAAGUGAUUCGAUUUUGAGUGCUCCUAAGCAAAGUAGGUUUUAUACAGCUCAGACUCGUGGUCAACAAGAGAGUUCUCCCGAUGUGGUUAUCGAACCUUUUUAUGUCUCUACUCCUGUAGGUGAUUCUAUUGUGGCUAAGAAGGUCUAA